CGAAUGUCAAUCGUUUAUUCAUGAACUUCCAUAAGAAAAUUUCUUAAAUUACGUAACUGCCUAAUUUGCCAUCCAAUUUCAAAUAUAGUUAUAAUAUACAUUAUUCAAUUUUCCAUUUAUCGAAUUAGUAAGAUUACUGUACAAUUUACACCAUGAGAAAAAAGUCAUGCAUGAAGCGAUCGAUAAAUGGAAGAGGGGGAUAGAAAAUUGUCAUUUAUUAUUUGUUCGUCAACUUGUGUCGACGAUCAAGAAGAGAUGAUCUGUAUCGAGACUCAACAUUUUAAGAUCAACCGAAUUCUAUUGCUUCUCAUUGGCCUAUGGCCUUAUCAGCGAACGUUCCUAGUUGAACUUCAAUUAAUUACACUUCUUGGUAUCCUGACGACUUUUAUCAUAUUUCAGUUUACAACAUUUAUAACAUCAGAAUAUACUAUGAACCUUAUGUAUAAGGUUGUGUCUAAUACAUUCUUUUUUCUUACUUUUUUAAUCAAAUACAAUUCGUUCUGGAUUAAUGCUGAUAUUUUAAGGAGUUCAAUGAAGCAACUUCAAGAAGUGUAUGAUGAGAUAAAAGACAAAAAUGAAAUCGCUAUCGUACAAAAGUACGGAAGCAAAGCGAACCGUAUUACGAUUCAACUUAUAUCACUUGGAUUAUUCUCUCUAUCUGUUGUAACUUUGUCAGAUUUGGGGCCAUACAUUUAUAACAUUGUUACAAAUCAAUCUUUACCAUUCCAUAUUGUGACAGAAUAUUUUAUUGAUCAAGAAAAAUAUUCCUAUUUAAUUAUGUUGCAUAUUGAGGCAGCAUAUUGGAUAGGAGCAAUAGCAAUGAUAGCAACAGGAACUACGCUCAUAACAUAUUUGCAACUUACUUGUGCAAUGUUUAGUAUCGCCUGUUAUCGUAUCGAGCAGGCAAUUAGAAUUUUACAAAAGGGUAACUUUGAAAAUGAGAGAAAGAGUUGUGAAGAGAUAAUUCGUGCAGUAAACAUUCAUUGCAAGGCUAUGAAGCUUUGCAAUUUUUUAAUAUCCAAUUUUGUGGGAUCGUUCUUUUUUUUGACAGCAGCUGGUUUAGUUUGUCUGAGUUGUAAUCUUCUACAGAUUGUGUUACUUCAUGAUAACAUUGAACAACUAAUACAAUCUCUAAUUAUGAUAACUGUUCAUUAUGUAUAUUUGUUUCUAUCCAAUUAUAUUGCACAAGAAAUUACGGAUCAUAAUGAAUAUGUAUUUGUUACUGUGUAUAAUGUUCAUUGGUACAGGGCUCCGAUACGUGUACAGAGAAUGAUACUUUUUCUAUUGCAAAAGGGCACUAAAAGUUUUAAUCUGGUUCUCGGUGGAAUAUUUGUAGCGUCCCUGAAAAGUGCGGCUUCGCUGAUGAGCACUUCCAUAUCAUACUUCACCGUUCUUUAUUCUACCCGACAAGAUUAAAAGUACAAACAAUUACAAAUUAUAAUACUUUAAAACGAAGGAAAAUAUUUUAAACUCGUUACAAUUGCCUUCGAGAUUAAAUUGUAACAUGAUUAUUACUCUAGAAGAAAAAGCAAUAUUUAUA